AUAGUAAUGUGCUUUUUCGUGACCAAAUCGGUCACGCUGACCUUCUGUGUGCCCCUCAUUCUCAUGGGUGCGCGCUACUACUACAGCAAGAAAGUUAUUCAGAGUUAUCUGGACUGUGCUCUGCACACGGACAUGGCUGACAUAGAGGAUUAUUACAUGAAACCCUCAGGCUCCUGUUUCUGGGUGGCAGUGUUGGACGGACGUGUGGUUGGCAUCGUGGCAGCACAGGGCCGCGAGGAUGAAAACACUGUCGAGCUGCGACGCAUGUCGGUGGACUCUCGCUACCGCGGCAAAGGCAUUGCCAAGGCCCUUGGUCGUCGUGUCCUGGAGUUCGCGGUGCGCAACAACUACGCCGCCAUUGUGCUCGGCACGACGGCAGUCAAGCUGGCCGCCCACAAGCUGUACGAGUCACUGGGCUUCCGUCGAACGGGCCAGAGCGAGGACUACAGGCUCCCCGGGAUGAGCCGCUCGCCGCUGGAGAGGCUCUUCUUCCAGAUCCGCUACAGUCGCUACCGCCUGCAGCUCCGUGAGGAGUGAGAGGUGACAGGGAGAGGGAGAGAGAGAGAUGGAGAGGGGGAGAUGGAGAAAGAGAGGGACAGAGAGAG